AGAGAGUGUGUGUGGAGACGCGGCUUGGUGCUGGUUGUUUUUGUCCAGAGAAAAAGUUGCAGAGAAAAAUCGACAGGUAACUUUUAGCAGCAGCAGCCUGCGCUCCUCACUGUCCUCUCUUUGGCUUGUGGAGUUUGUCUCUGUGUUUGUUUUUUUCCUCUGCUCGGGAGCUCCAACUAAAAGCUGUUCCUGAUGUAUAACAUGAUGGAGACUGAACUGAAGCCCCCAGCUCCCCAGACCAACACGGGGGGCUCGGGCAACACCAACACGUCUGGCACCGGCCCCAACCAGAAAAACAGUCCGGAGCGGGUCAAGAGACCCAUGAACGCGUUCAUGGUGUGGUCCCGGGGCCAGAGGAGGAAGAUGGCCCAAGAAAAUCCCAAAAUGCACAACUCGGAGAUAAGCAAGAGACUGGGCGCAGAGUGGAAACUUCUGUCGGAAAGCGAGAAGAGACCUUUCAUCGACGAAGCUAAGAGGCUCCGGGCCCUGCACAUGAAGGAGCAUCCGGAUUACAAAUACCGGCCCCGGCGGAAAACCAAGACCCUCAUGAAGAAGGACAAGUACACCUUGCCCGGCGGGCUGCUGUCUCCCGGAGGGAACGGGAUGGGAGCUGGGGUCGGGGUGGGGGGCGGGCUGGGCGGUGGGGUGAACCAGCGGAUGGACAGCUACGCGGCGCACAUGAACGGCUGGACCAACGGUGGCUACGGCAUGAUGCAAGACCAGCUGAGCUACCAGCACCCGGGGCUGAACGCGCACAACCCGAGCCAGAUGCAGUCCAUGCACCGCUAUGACAUGAGCGCCCUGCAGUACAACAGCAUGACCAGCUCCCAAAGCUACAUGAACGGCUCCCCGACAUACUCCAUGUCCUAUUCCCAGCAAACCACGCCGGGGAUGACCGCCCUGGGCUCCAUGGGGCCCUCCUCGGUGGUGAAGUCCGAGUCCAGCAGCUCCAGCCCGCCCGUCGUCACCUCGUCUUCCCACCGGGCCGGGCCGGGCUGCCAAAGCGGAGAUCUGAGAGACAUGAUCAGCAUGUACCUGCCCGGGGCGGAGGUCAGCGAUCAGACCGCCCAGACCCGGCUACACAUGUCCGGGCACUACCAGAGCACCGUGCCCGGGACGACGAUCAACGGCACUCUGCCGUUAACACACAUGUAAGAGACACAAAGCAGAGAGAGAGAGAGAGAGAGAGAGAGAGAGAGAGAGAAAAAAAAAAGAACUUUUAUAAGAGAAACUGUGGACUAUUAACGUUGGACUAUUUUUGUACAGAAAAAUUUCGGGGUGGGAAAAGUUGUAUAGAAGUCUCCAGGAAAAAGGACACACGACUCUUUUUUUUUUUUUCUUUCAUUUUAUUCUAAGGAAGCUCUAGAGGAACGGUAGGAGAUCCCCUCUUCACUGGUGGAUGAAGUUUGGAAGACUAGAAAGUGGGAGUCGCAAUCAAAUGUUUUAUUAUUGCAAUCACCUUUUGUACAGUAUUUAUCAAAGAAACAUUACAAUCAGAUGAAAUUGUUUGUUAAACUGCAAGAGGUUGCAUUUUUCUUUUUCUUUUUUAUAUAAGGCAACGCCAGUUCUGCAGAAAAUAUUAAAAGUGAAGAUGGCAGAACUGGAAUUAUGUGGGAGCGAUCAGUUAUGCUCCUUUAUUACUGCAAACAUUGGAAAGAAAAGGGACAUAAAAACGAAGCAGGUAAUACUGUUUUUUCCAUUUAAGGUCAAUAUUACUAAACAUUUUAAUUUCUUAAAAAAAAGUUAAGACACUUUUUGUUCUCAUACAGCUUAAAAUAUAGGUUGUUAAUUUAUAUUUCCGUCUCCCACUUUUCAUCUGUUAGAGGUAUGACGCUUGUGCUCUUUAUUUUCUAAUUGAUUUGUACAAUUUCUGUAUAUUUACUGUGAUAUUUUAAGUUUUUAUUUCGAAAUUCAUUCCCGUAGUUGUAUUUUAAAAAUUGUGGCCUGCAGUAUACGCAGAAGCCAACCACUCCAUGUAUAUAUAUACCGGAACUAAUACCAUCCUUAUAACAGUUACAAUUUCAGCUGAGUAUAUUUUUUUUUCAAUAUGCAGUUUGAAAUGAAUAAAUUUUGGAAAUUUGGAUACUUGAAA